UAAACCGGGCGCGGCCGCCGCGGGCGGGCGGACGGGCAGAGCCCGGCGGGUGCGGGCUCCGGCGGACGUUGUGUUCCCGCUGCAGGCUGCGCGCCCGCCGGCCGCAGGAGACCGCUGCGGACAAACAGUUCAUGAUGUCAAUCAAAAAGGAAGGUGCCCACAAGAAAUGGGCUGCCCUGAAGGAGAAACUCGGGCCCCAGGAUACCGACCAGUCAGAGGCCAACCUGGAAAAUGCAGAGCCAGAGCUGUGCAUCCGCCUCCUGCAAAUGCCAUCGGUGGUGAACUACUCCGGGCUGAAGAAGCGUCUGGAGAACAGUGACGAUGCUUGGAUGGUCCAGUUCCUGGAGCUCUGCGGAUUGGACCUCCUCCUGGAGGCUCUGGACAGGCUGUCUGGCAGAGGGGUGGCCAGGAUUUCCGAUGCCUUGCUACAGCUCACCUGCAUUAACUGUGUGAGGGCAGUCAUGAACUCCCGCAGGGGCAUUGAAUACAUUGUGAGCAACGAGGGCUACGUCAGAAAACUCUUCCAAGCACUUGACACAACUAAUGUCAUGGUGAAAAAGCAAGUAUUUGAACUCCUGGCUGCACUGUGCAUUUACUCAUCAGAUGGCCAUGGUUUGGCUUUGGAUGCCCUGGACCAUUACAAGAAUGUGAAGAACCAGCAGUAUCGAUUCAGUGUCAUAAUGAAUGAGCUGUCCAACACAGAUAAUGUGCCAUACAUGGUGACACUGCUGAGCGCUAUCAAUGCCAUCAUACUGGGGAAAGAAGACCUAAGAACAAGAACACAGAUCCGAAAUGAGUUCAUAGGGCUUCAGUUGUUGGAUAUCUUAGACAAGCUAAGGUAG